CAGUGGAUGGCCCUGAUAGGCUGAGUGUUUCUGAGCGCGCUCAGUGCGUCCCAUCCCGGGUUCUUCACCUGCGUCAGCUUCCUGUUGACGUCUCCGAACAGGAAGUGCUCUCUCUGGCCACGCCCUUCGGCCGAGUCAGCAAGCUGAUAGCCCUGAAAGCUAAAAACCAGGCGUUUGUAGAGAUGGCGUCGGAGGAAGCGGCCGUUACCAUGGUGAACUACUACACCGUGGCCCCGCCCACCGUCAGGAACCAGCCAAUCUUCAUCCAGUACUCCACCCACCGGGAACUCAAGAACGACAACCUGACCAAUCAGGCCAGCACGGCAGCAGUGCAUUCUGGGAACAUGGCGGUGGGCCGGGAGGGGCGGGGCUUAGCUCAGGGUCCCGUCCUGAGAAUCAUCGUGGAGAAUCUAUUCUACCCGGUAACACUGGAGGUCCUGCAGCAG